AUGCCUAGGGGAGUGGUUGCAAUUGUGGGUACCACAGGUGUUGGUAAAUCUGAACUUGGGGUUCAAUUGGCAAAAGCUUUACACGGAGAAGUAAUCAAUGGAGACUCCAUGCAGGUUUACAAAGGAUUGGAUGUAAUUACAAAUAAAAUGCCUGUGGAAGAGCGCGAAGGAAUUCCACAUCAUUUAAUGGAUUUUUUAGAGCCGUAUCAAGAAUAUCGCGUUACCGAGUUUACUGACGAUGCCAUAAAAAUUAUUAAAGAGAUUCAUAGUCGUGAUCGUGUUCCAAUUAUUGUUGGCGGAACCCAUUAUUACAUACAAUCCUUGCUUUGGAAAAAUUCACUUAUUAAGAGCUACGAUGACGAGUGUGAUAAUGAUUCGGAAGAUGAUGGAAUCUUGAAUGCAGAGACAGAUGUUCUAUAUAAACGCUUACAAGAAGUUGACCCUGUAAUGGCUAAUAAAUGGCACUGGAAUGAUAGAAGAAAAAUUAGAAGAAGUUUACAGAUAUAUUUGCAAACAGGAAAACGUCAUAGUGACUGGAUUAAAGAACAACAUCAACCAGAUGAGAAAGCUUCGUCAUUGAGGUUUCCUCUGACGUGUAUUUUUUGGUUAUAUGCCGAUCCUAAGGUCUUAGACCAAAGACUCGACAAAAGAGUAGAUAAGAUGAUCAAGAUGGGCCUCUUUGAAGAACUAAAAUACCUCAGGAAUAAGGUGAAAACCGAUAUUUCAUCUGGCAUAAGCAUAGACUAUACACGUGGAAUUUUUCAGGUCAUAGGAUAUAAAGAAUUUGAAGCUUAUUUAAAUGCUUUGGAAGAAACACCAUAUUUAGACGAUAAAGUCAUCGAUGCUAUAAAAGAGUCUAGUAUUGAAGCUAUGAAAUCAGCAACACGUAGAUACUCUAGGAAACAAAUUAGAUGGAUUCGAAAUAAAUUGUUACUUAAAUGUCAAGAAAGCAACUUGAAUGAUGCAGAUACAGAUUGUAUAAGUAAUGUUAGAGUGUAUUUGCUGAACACUACAUCUCUUGAAAAAUGGAAUCAAGAUGUUCGUGAUGUGGCAAUUACUAUUGUUAAGGAAUUUUUGGAUAAGGGAACUGGACCAGACCCAAAAUCUUUAAGCCUGGAAGCAAAAGAACUUUUGGAUCCAGCGAUAGAUACAAACACCUUUGACAACUUAAAAGCUUGGACAAAGUACCAGUGUGAUAUUUGCAAAAUUUUUAAUGACAAUUCACCAGUAGUGAUUAACGGAUUUUCCAAUUGGAAUCAGCAUUUACAAAGCAAGUGGCACCGAUCCAAUGCUAAACUCAAAAAAGAGAUGGAUAUGAAUUGGGGUGGACAAUUUCCACCUUGGUUUAAAGAGAGAAAAAAAAAAACAAACAAUGUUAUGAAGAAACAAUUCUCGAAAGGUGUAACCGAUUUUGAUGAAGAAACAGGUUCAAGUAUAGAACAGAUUUAUAAUGCAUUGAGAAUUAAUAAAAUCCGUGGAAAUAAAAGAUUCGAUUUUAUGUGCGCAACUAGUAAACUUAAAGAGUUAGAAUUUCCUCCAAACAAAACGGACGUUUCCGGUCUUCAUGAACAAUAUCCAAACAAUGAAGGCGAUCUUAUUGUUCUACCAAUCAAUAAACGCCUAGACAUUAUCUAA